UCACGUGAUAUUGGCAGCUCAGGUCCCAGGUGAAGGGGUGUGAUUCAGGACGUCUGACACAAGCUUCGAGGUUUCGGGCUCAUUUCUACCAAAACACUAAGUUUUGGUGAUGAAGCUCUCCGUGCAGUCACGGCGGGGGCAAUAAAAAGUGUAGUAUUGCCUUUUUACGGUACUUUUUCAACCUUUUCUGAAGUUCCGCAUUGGAGUAGAAACAGAAACAGGAAGGGGCGGGGGAGUGUUGCAUUUGAGGAAGUUACUCAAUAUAGGAAAAUCCCACAUUUGUUAAGGACGGCUCCAAACAUGUCAGCAUAGAAAGAAGACGUAAAUCCUCAUUCAGAUAUUUGGUGUUGGUCACAGAAUGUCAAAAAACUCGGUGACUCCCUCUACUUAUAUUCGUAAGCUAGGCUACAGUCUGCUUUGUAGGUUGGCCGACUUUUUAGACCCGCAGGACAGAUGGAAAGACGUCAUCACAUCUAUCCGGAAGUCAGACGGCGACUUGAAGUACUCUCAGCAGCAUGUUAAGCGGUUUGAGACCCUGGUCAGGCAGGGGAAGAGUCCCACGGUGGAGCUGCUGCAGGACUGGGGUGUGUCCAACUCCACGGUGGGAGAACUUGUAGACAUCCUCAAGAGCCACAAAUUAUUGGCAGCCGCUAGCCUGCUCUUACCUGCGGAUGAGGACGUUUCCAUGGAGACGCCCCAUCCUUAUCCUGCAGCACAAGCAUGCAGCAGCCUGCCAACGUCUCCAACCUGGAAGCUGGAUGAGACAGAGAAGACAAAAUUAGCUCCUGCUCAGCUUCAACCGUGCAUCCAAGAAGAGAAGAGCAAACCAAACCACACACAAGGUUUCACCAGUUUCUCCUACGACGAGCUGAGGAACAUGACCAGAAACUUUGACGAGCGUCCCAUGUCUGCCGGCGGCUGCAGACUCGGGGAGGGGGGCUUCGGGACCGUCUUCAAAGGUGUUCUGUGCAACACAGCUGUGGCGGUGAAGAAGCUCAACCCGGUAGAUGACGUAUCGCCCGACGAGCUGCAAAUUCAGUUCAAGCAAGAGGUGCAAACGCUUAAAGUCUUGAAACAUGACAACCUGGUGGACAUGGUGGGCUACUCCAGUGAUGGGCCGCACCCGUGUGUGGUCUACGCCUUCAUGGCUAACGGGUCUCUGCUGGACAGACUAGCUUGCUGGGAAGGAAGUCCUCCCCUGUCCUGGAAGGAGAGAUGCUUGAUCGCUGAUGGCACAGCGAGAGGUUUGGAUUAUUUACACAGCAACCAUCACGUCCACAGAGAUGUCAAAAGUGCAAAUAUCCUGCUAGAUGAAAACCUGGUGGCCAAAAUCUCAGACUUCGGACUGACGAGAGCCUCUGCUAAGCGGACGGCGACAACGGUGAUGACGGAGAUGAUCGUGGGUACCUGCGCGUACAUGGCCCCCGAGGCACUCAGGGGGGAAAUCACACCCAAAUCUGACAUCUUCAGCUUUGGAGUGGUGCUGUUAGAAAUCCUAUCUGGACUUGCCCCGGCAGAUGAAAACCGCGAGCCGCAGUUUUUGAUGGACAUGAGGCAUGACAUCGAUGACGAAGACGAGGACCUCACCCUGGAGGCCUUCAUGGACAAGAGGAUGAGCGACUGGGACCUGAGCCUGGCGGAGAGCAUCUACUGCUUGGCCAGCAGCUGCCUCCACGAGAGGAAGAACAGGCGACCGCUGAUCUCGCAGGUGGUGUCUGAGCUGAAAGGAGUGGUCAAGACUAUCUCGCUGGAAUCGUGUGCCUAGGACUCAAACACAAGAUGAAUACGAUUGAUUGAUAUACUUUAUUAAUCCCCAAGAGAAAUAUACACCGGACAGUUCCCUAUAAACUGCAUGCGUGGGCAUCUUGUCAUAUCCUUGUUGCGCAACAAAAUAAAUCGAAUACAGGAAGUUUUAUGCCAAGUUUGCCCGAGUGAUGCCAGUGGUUGUUUUGUUCUUUUCAGAUUUCUUAAUGUACAUUUUUUUUAUUUAGACAAACAUACAACAAACGUGGCAUCACUUCCAGAAUGAAAUAGUUCCAGAACAAGAUGCUGCAAAACAGAAAGGAAACUAAAGUAUGCAGAAUCAAGAAAAGAAAUGAAGAAAAGAAAGAUGGAGAUGAUGGAGCAGAUGAGAUGGUUCCAGCAUGUCCAAAGAAUAUCAGGAUGUUUGUGAGUCUGCUCAGACACUUUGAAAAUGACAUUGUCAUAUAUGUAUACAGUAUACUGUAUUUAAAGAAAAAUAGCAUGCACGUAAUUUUGUACUAAAGGCAAGUAUAUUAUUAUUAUUAUUAUUAUUAUUAUUAUUAUUAUUAUUAUUAUUAUUAUUAUUAUUAUUAUUAUUAUUAUUAUUAUUAUUAAGGUAUGUAGUAUUAACAGUUCAACUUUUUAAUUUUUUUUAAGUGAAUCGUGUGUUUGUGCAAUAAAAACUACCCCUGCAGUACAGUAUGGAUGCACUGUAUGUACUGUAUGUACUAUUUGUACCUAUCCUCCUCACAAUUCCUCCACAAAUGUUGAAUUGGGGUACAAAAUGUUUUU